AUGCACCCCUCUACCUUUGGUAAACGGGUUCCCUCUUCUCGCAUCCUGCUUUCUAAAAAUCGCCCUCCUCCUCUGAAGUCAUGCCUUGCCGCAGCGGACUCUGAUCGGGACUCCCCCCUCUGGAGAGCCUUGCUACACUUCCCCGACGACAAGUGCUUCCUAGAACGGGUCAGGGAAAUCCCGUGUCGACCAAAUCGGAACAAGAAGGAACUCUUCAAAAGUGGCCGGCUCGCGGAGACGAAGUCGUUCAUCAUGUACACUUCGAAUCCUCUGGGCUCCAACCAGAGGUUCCUCUCCAAGCAUCCUGGAGGUAGUGGGCCUCAGUACGCCACGCAGUCCCCAUGGGUCAGCGUUGUACGUGCCCGUUACCUCGCCGCGAAGUAUUCGUCUGCCCCACGUGCUCCGCGGUCCACACCUUCCUCCGAUGGAGAUGUUUCAGCGCACGAGUCUUCCUUUGAUAUGUCUUCACUGGAGGAUGCCCUGCUUGAGCCUACCCCCAGUAGCUCACUGCAUGGGUCUUCCUUUGAUAUGUCUUCACUGAAGGAUGCCCUGCUUGAGCCUACCCCCAGUAGCUCACUGCAUGGGUCUUCCUUUGAUAUGUCUUCACUGAAGGAUGCCAUGCUUGAGCCUACCCCCAGUAGCUCACUGCAUGAGUCUUCCUUCGACAUGUCCUCCGUGAUUCAUGCGCUGCCUGAUCCUGACGUGACUUUCGACAUGUCCUCUUUGGCCGAUAGCCUGCCUGACACGAAUGGGGUUGCCUCUGACAUGUCCUCCCUGAUGCGUGCACUCCCCGACCUUGAUGCUCCCUCUGUUGCAUCGUCCCUUGCACGUGCCCCCAAGUCCAUGGCUGCGACCCACUCUCGCGAGUCUCGCAAGCUAGCUCCAAAGGUUCAUGCGCGUGUGGUUCAGACCCGCGUCGUCCAGGUUGGCCCGUUCUCUGCCACCUGUUUCAUCAACCUUUGUGGGCUCAUGGUUUUGUUGGGCUCGUUCUUCCCAUGCCUUGCCCCAGCAUUUUAUGCUGCGCUUGUGCUCCUCUUUAUCUAUGGGACGUGCUUCUUUUGA